AUGACUUCUCAGUACGCGCUGCUGCCUACGAAGGAGCCCAUCCCCUCAUCGCCGUCCUCGACCUCUUCAACCGACCCCGCACACCCCUCUCCCUCAUCCACCAAGCACCUCAGCGACUCCUACUCGCCUCCAACGCGCCCCUCCACGCCCUCGACGCGCCACGCGAUCCUCCGUGCGCUCUUGACGACUCUCGCAUGCUGUGUCGCCGGAUUCGUAGUCGGAGGAACCGGGUUGGUCCUCCUCGCGCCUGACGUAGCAGGUCGGGCAUGGAGCGGGUUGUCCUGCCACGGAGCGGAGAGCAGUGACAGGGUAGGCGGGCUUUGGAAGCGCCAAGCGGCGGAGGGGGGAGGGGCGGGUGCGGAGUACAGCACGACUACGUACGAGGGUGGGAAGGGCGCGACGAGUACUUUCGUCAAGACUACGAGGCCGAUCGUUAAUCCUGGCGGCUACACCAUCGGCACCCUGACGGGCUUUGUGCCGGUCUCGACGACCACGCUUCCCGCGUCCCCAUCCACCUCUUCCUCGUCCGACUCUUCUUCCGCCUCGUCCGCUUCCAUGACGAAUGAGACCACCACCUCCUCUAUCCCAGCGCCGACCUCCACAGCGGAUUCAACCAGCGAGACAUCAGAGACCGUCAGCGAGCCGGCCUUCACCCGCUCGAACCCGUUCGUGCACCCAAUCUCCACUGCGCCCUUCGCCUCCUCCAUCUCCCCCGUGUCAGUCGCCCCAGAGCGCCGUCUCUUCAAGCGCCAAUCCCCCUCCGACUCGUCUCUCACCGCAACGGCGACGGGAAAGGAAGAGUUCCGCACGAGUAUUGAUGCCCGACCUGGGAGGGAGACGACUGUUACGCUUGUGAAGACUACGAGGCCGAUCGUGAACGCCGGAGGAUACACGAUUGGCACGCUCGACGGUGCAUGGGUCGACGUCGCGAAGCAGACGGACCGUCCCUCCGCCUCCUCUCCUCCUCCUUCCUUUGCCUCUUCCUCGGCAUCCUCUUCGCUCUCCGACUCUCCUCCUUCAUCGUCGACGGCAUCGGCUACGAUGGCGCCGGACAAACGCGCGCAUGAGGAGUUGAGGAGGAGGAAUGUCGUCCAUCUCGCGGCGGAGUGA